AUGAUUAGCAAAUAUUUCUUUGCAAUUCUAUUGCUAUUGCUGGCCUCUUCCACUAUCUUCUCCCUGGAACUUAAACUGGUUAUCUUCCAGCAAAGAAGAGUGAACAGAGAGAGCUUAAAACUUUACAAUAAAUUGCAAACCUCGACCAUCCAGCAGUGUCUACCACACAGGAAAGACUUCCUGCUUCCCCAGAAGUCUUUGAAUCCUCACCAGUACCAGACCAGACAGGUACUAACCAUUCUCCACGAAAUGCUUCAGCAGAUCUUCAGCCUCUUCAGGGCAAAUAUUUCUCUGGAUGGUUGGAAGGAAAGCCACCUGGAAACAUUCUUCAUUGCACUUCAUCAACAGCUGGAAUACCUGGAAGCACGGAUGGAGCUGGAAGCAGAACAGAAAAGUGGCUGCUUGAGGAGUGACAACCUUAGGUUACAGGUUAAAAUGUACUUCCAAAGAAUCUGGGAUUUCCUGGAAAACCACAAAUACAGCAGCUGUGCCUGGACCAUUGUCCAAGUAGAAAUCAAGCGGAUUCUGUUCUUUGUAUUCAGACUCACAGAAAAGUUGGGUGAACAAGGAAGGGACCCUUGA